AACAUGCCUUCCCACCCUUCUGACGACUCUCUCACCCUUUUUCCAGGCUCAACUUGCAGAUACUCUCUUCUUCUCUUGCGUGAAAAGUCUCCGCCUCUCUUUUUCCAGAUGUGCAGCCAUUUAUAUUGGUGCAAGGGCUGGCCUUCAAAAAUUCUUCAGUGUAUUAUUCUGUCAUCUCGUAGUGUCGUUUUGGGCCUGGUUGAUCAAUGACGAGAUUCUGUUUCUUUGAUUAGUAUUUUUUUUUCGACUGAGGUGCACGUAGUUCCUUUUUGUCCAUUGAGUGUUCUAUGAAAGUGGACUCAACUUCCGAUUUCUUCCAUGGAUAUUAAUCAGUUUAAUCCAAACUGGGAUGAUGUGAUUUGUUCAAUAUGCUUGGAUUUUCCUCACAAUGCUGUACUUCUGCAAUGCUCGUCUUAUGACAAGGGAUGCCGUCCCUUCGUGUGUGAUACUGACCAUUUACACUCGAAUUGUCUCGAUCGUUUUAAAAAUGCACACAACACAGCUCCGCCAUCGACAUCUGAUGUAGUUCCUCCAAUCAACGUUGAGCCAGUGGCGUCGGAAGAUAAUUGCAAAUUAUGUUGUCCUUUGUGUAGAGGGGAUGUUAGUGGAUGGAAGGUUGUUGAUGAGGCCCGCAUACAUUUGGACGAGAAGAAGCGUUGUUGUGAGGAGGAACAAUGUAGAUUUAUGGGUACAUAUUUAGAAUUACAACAACAUGCUCAACUGGAGCAUCCUCACGCUCGUCCUUCAAAAAUUGAUCCUGCUCGGCAGCUCGACUGGGACAAUUUUCAGCAGUCCUCCGAGAUCAUUGAUGUCUUGAGUACCAUUCACUCAGAAGUUCCCCGCGGUGUGGUGUUUGGAGACUAUGUGAUUGAAUAUGGAGAUGAUGAAAGCGGAGACGAGUUUGAGGAUUUUCCAGGGGAUGAAGGCAAUUGGUGGACCUCUUGUAUCUUGUAUCAAGUAUUUGACAAUUUCAGGAACUCGAGAAAUCGAAGAAGGUCGAGAAUUGCUGAUACGAGACGGGGAAGUCGCCGUUUGAGUAAUGACUUAUCAAAUUCCGACGACAGUUCGGUGGCCUCAGUAGAAUUUGCAGAGUAUGGGGUAGAAGAAAUUGAUGAUGAACUUGUGAGUAGAAAUGUCUCUUCAAGGGGUAGUGCCAAUGCCAACCAUAGAAGUUCCCGAAGACGUCGCUCCCGCUUUUACGACAACUAGUGCCGAAAAAUGAGGCGGAGUUAAGAAAAUAGAGGAACCAUUUAGACGUAGAAAUUUCUAAGGUUUAUGUUAUGUGUUAUGUUAAAACAUUAAGUCCUCACAUUGUGUUGGCUUCUUUCUUUCUUUUUUCUAUUUUGUUUUGUUUCUACAUGGGGUUGUCCUAGGGAUGUAUUUUCUGCUUACUCAAAUAUUGUCAAAAGAGAUUGAAAGGUGCCAAACUGAUGAUACUGAUGCUUUAAUGUACAGCUGAUCUAACUUUCCCUCUCA